AUGUCAUAUUCCUCUUCUUCCUUUGUCGCCUUCACUUCCUCUUUGACUGACUCCAGUGACCUCACUUGCUUUGAUGAUGGCCGGAUCGGUACAAUUGCGAGCUGGUUACUUCGUCAGCAACUAUCAACUUAUUUGACAUCUCUGAGAAGACCUGUGAGAAUUGGAUUCCGUCGAAAUCGUUCGUUGGCUCCGGUCCAGGGGUAUCACGUCCCGAGUCGUCGGAAUCCCAUCCAGUUCUCGAAUCGUUGUAGCCAUUAUGGUACCUUUGGAUUCAAUGUAAAUACGUGGCUUCACAUUUCUCUUUAUAUUGAUUUUGUCUCGUAUCUUUUCUACAUCUCUCUCGUUUUUGGAAUGAUAGUGAAUCAGAAAUCGCGUGCCAUUCGAAGAUCAAAGUCAGCUGCAGCUUGCAUUUUGUCAUUGUGCUUGGCUUUUGCACUGGCAGCUUCAAUGAUUUCAAUUGAGAUGUCUGAGAUUGUACGAAGUUUCAGCAAGGUGUUUGUACAUACUGGGAAGGUUAAAUUUUAUGAACAGAUGAUCAACCGGAUGUUCUACAUUUUCCCAGUUGCAUCUGUCAUAAUCUACUCGAUAUAUUAUCGCAAAAAACGAAAGCUGGCAGAACAGAGUGCUCUUACAAUGUAUCCGGUCUAUAAAAGUAGCCAAGACAACAUAAUUUUCAAUAUUAUGAUUACUUCAGUUAUCUACGGGGUUCUUCUCAUUUUUCACGAUGUCACAAGCAUCUUUCCAAGUGACGACAGUUUAUGUUUCGGUGCAGAGUACACACCAACAGUGCAGCUAUUCAACUUUGUACCGGAAUUGUUUCUGCCAAUAUCCUUCAUGAUAAGCACAAGGAAAUCUUGGAAGAAGGUUGGAAUCGAAGGAUCCAUAUUAGUGAUAAGGAUAUCUACCAUUGCUGUUCAUUAG